UUCUACAGAAUCUGCCGGAACUCCUACACAAAGGAUAGGGCAUUCUACAGAAUCUGCCGGAAAUCCUACAGGAAUCGUAGAAAGAUUUAACACGGAACAUCCGGAAGACUCAUUCAUAUUGAUGACUGAAUCCCUGUUAGUGGCGGCCAUUACGCCUCCCCACCUUAUCCAUGAAACUGUCACGUCCAUGGUUAAUAUUGGUCAUCCUCCAGAACCUUUCCAACUGCCGACUCCGUUUGAUAGAUCUGCAAACAUCUUCCCGGAGUUCCCGUCUCAGAUCGUAGCCACGGAGUCCGAGUACUGUGGAAAGACGUGUGAAUUUGACUAUCAACAUACACGUUUCUUUGAGCGCGGAAACUGUGAGAUAUGUCGAUGUGAUGAAGAAUGUUUUCUGUAUGAUGACUGUUGUCCCGAUUACUUUAUUCUCAGGAAUCAGACCUCUGUAGCUGCUCCAUAUAGCUGUGAAAAUACAAGUCCAGACAUUGAGAAAACAGAUUCAAGUUGGUACUACAUGAUCAGAUCGUGCACAGUCACCUCCAGUCCAGGUCUUGUACAGGAGUGCCUCGAUCGACACUCUAAAGACUGGGAGCAUCAGGUUCCAGUUGAAGACGCAAAGACUGGACAUUUCUAUAGGAACAAAUUCUGCGCACUGUGCAACAAUGUGAUAGUUUUUAAUAACUGGGAGACGCAAUUAAUAUGCAAAUCAUAUCCAAGCAGUUUAAAGGAAGCCAGGUCUUCAGAAGAAAUUUACAACUCUGCUCUAGAGGAUUCUUCUUGUUAUAUCAAAUUUCUACCUUCGGAUCCAACUUCUUUGAGAAAAUGUACCUAUCGUGAGGAAAGUGUCAUAUCGUCAUGUAACGUUACAGGGAAAUGGGUGUUCUACGACCAAAGGGUGGUGGAAGCCUGCGAGAGGUUUUCUCACAUUGUGCAUGGGAAAUACAGAAAUGUAUUCUGUUAUGUGCAACAACAACUACGGCUGGCAGUUCAUCCUUAG